AUGUUGAUCCCAGUGACCAUUUUUAUUUGUGGUUUGAUAUCUCCAAGUCAGUCGUUGGACAAUGGGCUAGCACUGACUCCUCCAAUGGGCUGGUUAUCUUGGUUGCGAUUUGGCUGCACCAUCGACUGUGAGAAGCAGCCGACAGAAUGCAUCAGUGAAAAUCUGAUAAAGAGAACUGCUGACGUGAUGGCCAGUGAGGGUUACCUGGAAGCAGGCUAUCAAUACGUGACGAUUGAUGACUGCUGGCCUGAGAAGAAGCGAGGACCUGAUGGUAGACUGGUACCCGAUAAUAAACGUUUCCCCAGUGGAAUUAAGGCUCUUUCUCGCUAUGUCCAAAGUAAAGGUUUAAAGUUUGGCAUUUAUGAAGAUUACGGGAAUUACACUUGUGCUGGCUAUCCAGGUGUUUUGGGCCAUGAGGCUAUAGAUGUCGCUACGUUCGCCGAGUGGGAGGUAGACUAUGUGAAGCUGGAUGGAUGUGGGGCUCCCGAUCCUGAUGAAGGCUAUCCAAUGUUUGGGAAACACCUCAAUGAGACCGGACGACCCAUGUUGUAUUCCUGUAGCUGGCCAGCCUAUCAGAAACAUCCGCAUUACCUUGCAAUAGCGGAAUCGUGCAACAUUUGGCGGAACUACGCGGAUAUUGCAAACAGUUGGCAUUCGGUGGUGGGCAUCAUGAAGUGGUUUGGGGAUCACCAAGAUGAGUUCGCCAAGUUUGCUGGCCCAGGACACUUCAACGACCCUGACAUGCUUGUAAUCGGAAAUUCAGGUCUGACAGUAGACCAGGCGCGAGUGCAGAUGGCUGUCUGGUCUAUCCUGGCUGCUCCCCUCAUCAUGAGCGCUGACCUAUCCACCAUGAAGCCGGAGUUCAAGGAGAUUCUGUUGAACAGGGAUGUGAUUGCAGUGAACCAGGAUGUCCUGGGCAAACAAGGUCUUAGGGUUUGGACCAGUGAUGAUAAGAAGCAGGUGAUCUGGCAUCGAGAGUUGGAAGGCGAUGCACGAGCGCUGGCGUUUGUCAAUCUCGGAGAUAAAGCUAUUGAUAACUCGUAUUCACAUGAGCAGAUGCUGCUACCGAUACAAGAUUUCUUUGUGAAGGAUCUGUAUAAAGAAGAACAAGAUCAAAUUCUCAGUAGAAAUGACGACUUCCAUGUGCGAAUUAAUGCAACAGGAGUUAAAUUCUACAAGUUUAUACCUAAAGAGUGUGAAUCUGAUGACGUCAGUGAAAAUGAAAUUAAAGAAAUAAGUACCAGAUAGGUAAAUAAAAUUUAAAUCUAUUGCGAUGAAGAAGAAUUUU